AUGGCGUGGCAGCAGCAAGUUCAGCAACAAGUUCAGCAGCAGCAACAGCAGCAGCAGCAGCAGGUUCAGCAGCAGGUACAGCAGCAGCAGAUUCAGCAGCAGCAGCAGGUUCAGCAGCAUCAGGUUCAGCAGCAGCAGCAUCGGCAGCAGCACCAUGUUCAAGUGAAGACAGAGCUGCCUCUUGUUACAGGUGCAACUCGUUGGGUGUCGAUCGAGUUCGAUACGCCCCCAGGCCUUGACUCCCAGUGUGGGGUCGUGGAUCCCAGUCGUGGGAUCGUCGAUCCCAGUCGUGGGAUCGUCGCACCCCACACCCCACAGGGGCCCCCCGUGGGGCCCCCCUUUCUUUGCUGUUGGUGUUUAUCUCGAGAAGUUUGCGAAGAGUGGGUAGCAGCGCUACAAGAGUUAGGAGUCUCUCUGUUGAGGUUUACUGAUCUCUAUCGCCUUGUCGACUUCAUCGGAGAAGGUAGUUUUGCCAAGGUAUAUGUAGGCGAGCACUUGUUUACUGGAGAACAGGUUGUUGUGAAGGCUGUAGAUAAGAAGAAGGUUGUGGAGUCAAACAUUUACACGGAGAUAGAAGUACUGAGAAGAAUAUCGCAUCCUUAUGUUAUGCGUCUAUAUGCAGCUUAUGAACAAGAAGACUUUGUUUGUCUGGUAUUAGAACAUUUAAGAGGAGGAGAGUUAUUUGAGUAUUUAUCUGUAAACGGACCCCUGACAGAAAGUCAGGCAAAAUUUGCGAUUCGUCGCGUUCUACUUGCACUUCAAGAAAUACAUGCUAAGGGCAUUGUUCAUAGAGACCUCAAAACUGAAAACCUCAUUAUAGAAAACCCUUCAAACCCUGCUUCUAUCAAAAUCAUUGACUUUGGUUUGGCUGCCACCGUCGGCUCACCGGCGAUGAAAAUGCGGUGCGGAUCCCCCGGAUAUGUUGCGCCUGAAAUUCUUCAGGAUUUACCGUACGGGCCUAAGGUAGACGUGUUCAGUUCGGGUGUAAUUUUGUUUACACUUUUAGGCGGCUUUCCACCGUUUAGAGGCCAAAAUGUCAAAGAAAUAUUAAAGAAAAACCUCAGGUGUCAGUUGAAUUUUUCGCACAAUGUUUGGAGGGGUGUGAGCCACUCAGCAAAAGAUUUAAUAGGAUGGAUGUGCUCUAAGCAGCAAUCAAGACGUUGUGCUGCUGUUCAAGCUCUUACACACCCUUGGUUCUAUAAGAUUAAACGCCCUCUUGCUGCUCCUGCUCCUGCUGCUGCUGCUGCUGCUAGUGAUGCUGCUAAUCCUAAUGCUGCGGAUGAUGCUGCUGAGGGUCCUCAUGCUGCUGCUGCAGACAUUUGUGCGGCAGCUGUUGCAGCAGAUACACAAAUCGUAACCCCACACCCAGCAGCAGCAGCAGCAGCAGCAGCAGCAGCACAUCAAGCUGAGAAAUUUGCAGUAGCAGCUGCUGCUCCGAUGCAGCAAACAGCUGCACCUGAACCAACAGCGAGGACUGCAGCAGCAGCAGCAACAACAGCAGCAGCAGCAGCACAACCCGCGCAAACCCUUGAAAACACUUUCCAGAAGAGAUUACCAGCGCAAACCUUUCAGCAGCAGCAGCAACAGCAGCAGCAGCAGCAACAGCAGCAAAGGGAGCUCCUCUCCAUUAGGGCUGGGGAGACGCAGCAGGAGUGCAUCUCAGGCAGGCUGUGCCCUGAGUCUCCGCAGCUGCUGCAGCAGCAGCAGCUGCAGCAGCAGCUGCAGCAGCAGCAGCAGCAAGAUGAAGGUAUUCCUUUCUUCAACAGCGCCCCUCCAGCAGCAUCUUGUCGACCUGAGGAGACAACAGAAAGCAGCAGCAGCCUCUCAGGCAAAUGUCUCCUUGACUACACCACAACUACUUCCAACGCGUCGGCUCCUCCGGGAGAGGCAGCAGCAGCAGCAGCAGCAGCAGUAGCAGCAGCAGCAGCAGCAGCAGGGCCCAGUGGUGAGAGGUGCGAAGAGGGGCUGAAUUGCGCUGUCUCCUCGCGAGCGGCUGGUGGAGGUGCUGCUGCUUCCCUUGAGGCAGUAGCAGCAGCAGCAGCAGUAGCAACAGCAGCAACAGCAGCAGCUGCAACAGCUGGCGUCCUCGCCGCAGCCGCUGCUGCGGUCUCUCGCAUGCAGCAGCAGCAACAGCAGCAGCAGCAGCAGCAGCAGAGGGUUGGAGCUUCCCGCUGCAGUUCAGUGGUGUCUCCUGUCUCUUCUUUUACAGUCGCUGUAGCAGAGUCUGCAAGAGCCUCCAGGGGCCCCCUUGCUGCACUUGUUUGCUGCCCAGUAUCAUCAGAGGGCCCCUCAGAUUGGGGGGGCCCCCAAAUGAACCAGGCGGGGAGUGGAAGCCAUAGCAGCAGCAGCAGCAGCAGCAGCAGCCCUGCUGCUGCUGCUGCUGCUGCUGCUGCUACUGCUGCAGCGACUGGUGCUGAUGCUGAUGUCCCACCACCAGCAGCAGCAGCAGAAGCAGCAGCAGCAGCACCACCAACAACUCCAGCAGCAGCAACAGCAGCAUCAGCAACAGCAGCAGCAGCAGCAGCAGUUGGGAGCGAGCCCCAAGACCACCCUCCCGCGACUGUGUCCGGGGGGGGCCCCCUGAGUUCUGCAUGCAGCCCUUCUUUGUUUGUCUCUCCUCUUUCUGUGGAUAACCAACGCCAUUUUGCUAGCCCUUCUCUCUCCCCACAGCAGCAGCAGCAGCAACAGCAGCAGCAGCAGCAGCAACAGCAGCAGCAGCAGCAACAGCAGCAGCAGCAGCAGCAGGGGCCACACAGUUCCCAGGGCCCCUGGCAGCAGCGCGCAGCUCAGCCUUCAGUGGAAGCGCUGCAGCAGCACAAGGGUACGGGAGAAGGGCCCCUUGGGGGCCCCCAGCAUAUCCUUCUGGGGGCCCCUCCUUAUACACCAGAGCACCUGAAUAUGGAUUUCUGUAGCUUUACAAAAGAAGUGCAGCAGCAAAACAAAAAACAAGAAACGCAAGACAUCAACAGCAUCAUUCACAGCAAACCACUACAACAACCUGCCUAUACACCCCAUACACAAAACCUUAAUAUCCAAACAAAUGCACAAACAAAUCAGGUCGAUGAAGGCCCUCGGGGCCCCCACGGGGGCACUGGGGCCCCUUGGAGCCUUGGGGACCCUGGGAGCCCCCACGAAGUGCCUAGGGCCCCUGGGGCCCCCCAUGGGGACCCUGGGGGCCCCCGUGGGGGCCCCCAUAGGGUGCCUGGAGCCCCUGAGGCCCUUGGGGUCUCUAGGGGCCGUGGGGCCCCUGGGGCCCCUGGGGGCCUUGGGAGCCCUGCGGGCCCCCAAAGGGUGCCUGGGGCCCCUGGGGGCCUUGGGGGCCCUGGGGCCCUUGGAGCCCUUGGAGCCCUUGGGGCCCCUGGGGGCCCCACUGUAGAGGACAUUGAGGGUUCUGGGGGGACUGCCGUUUGGUGCGCAGGCAAACCUCAGAAGGGAGACAGCUGCGCAUCAGCUGCUGCUGAACUGAGCAGCCAUAAGCAGCAGCAGCAGCAGCAGCAGCAGCAGCAGCAGCAGGAGUUGCUGGUGGCAAUGGAGAGACGUGAUGUGGAGAGUUGGAAGGCCGAAGAAGGCUUUUCGUGCAGCAGCAGCAGCAGCAGUAGCAGCAGCAACAGCAGCAGCAGGGGGCCCCCAAGGCAGUACCCAGGGGGCCCCCGUCCAGUCAGCAGCGCUGGGGCCCCUUCUUACCCCUUAAACCCUCAAAGGGGAGACAACAGACAGGGGCCUUUAAUUGCUGAGGGCCCCGUAGCCCUGCAGCGCUAUGCAGUCAGCAGCGAGGCCCCAGUACAGCAGCACAACACCCCUGUAGGGGCCCCCCUAGGGGCCCCGAGGGCCCCUGUAGGGGCCCCUGUGGGGGCCCCCCAAGGGGCCCCUGUGCGGGGGCGAAGCCAAGGUCAAGGGUGGGAGCCCCCCAAAGAAAACGGGAGCGUUGCAGGUGGUGGGGCUCAGCCUAAAUUUCAAGAAGGGGGGCCCCAAGAGGGCUCAUGGGGGGGCCCCCCACGGGGGCCCCCUUCUUCUUCUUCGUCUUCUCCUACUUCUCCUUCUUCUAGUGAGGGCCCCCGCCCUAACCGCAUGCAGCUCCAAAGGGCCCCCCAUCUCCACCGCUACUUCGUUGCUGGGGUUCAAGGAAGGAGGCGCCUCGCUACCCAGCCUCCUCAGGGACCCCGGGGGGCCCCUGAGGCCCCAGGGGCCCCAGGGGGCCCCCUGGGUUCUGCUGCUGCUGCGCCUGCAGUUCCUGCUGCUGCUGCUAUUGGUGCUGUUGCUGCAGCUUCCCAGCAGAACAACAGAGCAGCAGAACAGGGGCCGCCUCAGCGGUGCCGCAGCACCACGCACGAAAGGGGGGGGCCCCCACUUGGGGGGGCCCCCUUUGGUGGGGGCCCCCUUCGGGGGCCCCCUCCUUUGGAUUCCGUUGGGGUGCCCGCUGUUGGAGGUCGUUGCAGCAGCGCAGGGGCCCCCAAAGGGAUACUGAUAAGCAAAGUGCAGCAGCGGAGGAGCACUGGAGGGGGGCCCCCCAGAGACCUGAGGGGCCCCCUACGAUCCCUUAGAGAUUCAAUGGGGCCUGCGGGGGCCCCCAGAUAUCAAAGCGAAAGACGGAGAGGCACCGUGGGGGGCCCCCCCUGUGGGGGGGGCCUCCCUCCUUUAGCAGCAGCUAGAGCAGGGGGCCCUCCAGAAGAUUUGUUGCAGCAGCAAUGUGAAGCACACAGAGAACAGCACUCGCCUCAGAAACGCAGCAACAGCAGCAACAACAGCAACAACAGCAGCAGCAGCAGCAGCAGCAGCAAGGGUGGGGGGCUGCAGCAGUCUCACUCCUUGCAGCUUCGCCUGGGGGGCCUCAUGGGCCUCCCCGUCCUCAGUAAAAUUGCUGCUGCUUUGGGGGCCCGAGAUUGGGUUAAGCCAAAAUCCAACAGUAACUCCAGGGGCCCCCAGGGGCCCCCCCCACCACAAGGGCUUUAA